AGUCUUAGUGACUAAACAUUAUUCUAAAUGAAUUUCAGACUUUCCUCAAACUCGCUUGAUCUGGGUUUCUAGACCAACGCACGGCCAUGCCUGAACAAUAACUGCUUGGGUCACCCAUCCACCUCCAUCGAUACAGGCUCUUCCUGGUGGCAAAAAACCCACAAUGGAUUAGACUACUUCCAUUCCGAGCACCUCGGUAGUUGUACUUAUAGUCUCUGUUCUCACCCCUGAGUCAUUAGUUUUACUCCCAAGUCCAAUACUACCGGUCUUGUCACCCCUCAAAAGAAUUCACGGCCACCCCGAUCCUAUAUCCUAUCGCCUUGGUCAUCAUGGCUGCUUCUCCAACCGAAAGCACUGCCUUAAGCGUUCCUCAUCAAGAAGCCAAAGAGCUAUGGCGUGGAUGGAAGCAUUCGUCUUCAACCCUUCCGCUCUUUCCUAUUCCGGAUCUCCAAGGUGAUCAAAAUUUCGACGAAUGGAGAAGAACGGUCGAUGCCAACCUCUGUGCCGUCUUUCUCGAGGGUUUCAUCAAGGGCACAGAGACACCUCCUCAAGGAGACGACAGUCGCAUUGCCAGAUUGAACCGUGAGCGCUUUGAGCAAAGAAGACAAUGCGCCUUCCGGAUCAUCUACGACAGUAUCAACCGUAUCUUGCCGCAACUCAAGUCCAGUGGGCAUUGGACCCUUGACGUCACCGAUCGCGACCCCAAAGUCCUAUGGGAUGCAGUUCAUCGCUGGGAUGCCGACCGCCCUGGCAUAUACGUAUCUCGCCUACUGGACGAGUUCUACAGUAUGUGCCACUGUCAACAUAAGUCAGACCUCAACGCCUACCGCGACAGAGCUUUCUGGCUUCGUAUGCGUUUCGAGCGGAUGGGCAUCCCAAUUCCGGCAAAAUUCUACAUGUUUUAUCUGGUUAAAGGCCUAGAGACUUACGAUUUGGACUGGGCUAACCGCCUGUACGUGGAUAUCGGGGAUGGAAAAAUCACCUGCACUAAACUCGACAUCGAGAUUGGUUCCAAAUACGCCAUGGACAAGCGGGAAGAAGAGCACCGCGAAAAUCUUGCCAAAAACGAACUCCUCCGCGAACUUCGCCAACUUGCAGUCCAGAUCCUGCGCCAACUAAAGGAUGAUAGGCGCCUCGAAAAUCUUACCAAAAACGAACUUCGCGAACUUGUAUACCAGAUCAUGAGUGAUCUGAUGGACCACGGGCUCCUCAGUGCCAUAGACCAUCAAUCUGGUCAGAACCGCGUCUGCAAAAGGUGCUCUACCCAUCAUUAAGAGUACCAACGGCUUGAGGAAGCAAUACGGUCAUGCCUCCCUCCGAUCACGCUUCUCGCCGAUUCUUCACCUAUGAGGUUUCACCUCGGUGAUCAUCACUCAUCACUCACUUUGCAUUCGUGCCAGGUGGUGAACUAU